AUGUUUUACUCGGAGACCCUCCUGUCCAAGACCGGGCCUUUGGCUCGCGUCUGGCUAUCCGCCAACCUCGAGCGCAAACUCUCAAAAUCCCAUAUUUUGCAAUCCAACAUCGAAAGCAGUGUCAGUGCCAUUGUUGACCAGGGCCAAGCGCCCAUGGCUCUUCGUCUGAGUGGCCAGCUUUUGCUUGGUGUUGUCAGAAUCUACAGCCGCAAGGCACGUUACUUGCUGGACGAUUGCAAUGAAGCAUUGAUGAAAAUCAAAAUGGCCUUUCGACUUACAAACAACAAUGAUUUGCCAAGCAAUGUAACCCUACCGCCAGGCGGAAUUACUUUGCCUGAUGUUCUUACCGAAUCGGAUUUGUUCAUGAAUCUCGACACGUCUUCCCUCUUGCUGCCGUCCUUGAACCUGGAACCAGAAAGCAAGCAUCCUGGUGGCCUUGACUUUGGCAGCCAGCUCCUGCCAGAUACCCAGCGCUUGGCAUCUCAGGAACCCGCGCGUCUUGAAGACCACACCUUGGUUGAUCUAGACCUCGGUGAAGACGACACUCCUCUUGCAAACGAUUUCAGUAUCGAAAUGGGUCGAGAUGCGCCUGCCCCUCGGCCCAUGGAGGAAGAUCUAUUCAGUGAAGACGGAAAGCUCAAUGCCAUCGACCUCGAUCUGAACCUGGGAGACGAUGAUAUCCCUUUGGACAAGGACUUUGGCAACGACACCAAUGACGACAUCGACCGCUUUCUCAAUGAUGAUGGCCCAAUGGACCUCGACGACGGCGAGUUGGCUAUUCCACCACCCGAAUCCGAAGGUGCAGAGCAGUCCCCGCGACAAUCUGUUGAUCGUUUUGCUACCCCUCAGGCGGAUGAUGCUCAGGUUAACGAUGAGGGCGCCGCACAAGAAAACCAGCGUGCUAAACGACGCAAGAUUAUCGGCCACGAUGUCGACACUCAACUGAGCUCAUCCUCGAUCAAGCAACACCAGGAAGAGCACUCGGAUAUUCUCAAGCCCGCGUCCUUCUUGCCUCGCGACCCUGUCCUCUUGACUCUCAUGCAGAUGCAGAAGAAUGGUGAUUUCGUGUCCAGCGUGCUAGGCCAGAGCCGUGGUCGUGGAUGGGCACCCGAGCUCCGGGACAUGCUGUCGUUUGACGCUGUCCGCAAGGCUGGCGAGCUCAAGCGCAAGCGCGACAGUGGCGUUUCUGAUAUUGAUAUCGACGCUGUGAGCAUCCCCGCUCUGGACAUUGGUGACGAAGGAGACGAGAACUUGGAUGAAGGCAUUGGUCUCGAUUCUACCCUCCAGCAAGACGAUAUUCAGUUCCCUGGCGAUGAAAGCGCUCCUAGUGAAGACGGAGGAUUGCUACUGGAUGAUCUAGACGACACAAUCCACCCAACUGACAGUGGCCCUGUUUCUUUGGGUACCAAGCACGCAGUUCAUUUGUUGCGGGAGCGUUUCGGCGGCUCAGCUGCUGCCGAACCAGCCACUCCGCAGAAGAAGGCUGUAUUGUUCCAAAGUCUUUGCCCAGAGAAGCAGACAUCGAAAGCCGACGCUACCAAGAUGUUCUUUGAGACUCUUGUGCUGGCAACCAAGGAUGCCGUCAAAGUUGAGCAAGGCAGAAACGCCAUUGGUGGCCCUCUCCGUAUUAAGGCCAAGCGCGAGCUCUGGGGAUCAUGGGCCGAGACUGAAGCUGGUGGAGAAGUUGCAAGCCAGCAAGAAGUAGCAGUAGCAGCUUGA